AACCACUUCUCUCAAAAAAAAACCCAAACACACUAUAAAACCCUUUUUCUCGCUCUCCCUCUGUUCAUCUUGCUGAACCCCCACCACUACCGUCGUCCUCCGCCUCACACCCGUCGCACAAAGAAAGAGCCAACUUCAACAUCAUCACACAAAUGGGGAAAGGCGGCACCCUCAGCGACAGCGUGAUAAAAAAAAUCAUCCUCUCCUACAGCUACGUAGCGAUAUGGAUCUUCCUAAGCUUCACAGUAAUCGUCUACAACAAAUACAUCCUCGACAAGAAGCUCUACAACUGGCCUUACCCGAUCACUCUCACCAUGAUCCACAUGUCCUUCUGCUCGACACUAGCGAUCCUCCUCAUCAAAGUCUUCAAACUCGUCGAGCCGGUGUCAAUGUCGCGCGAGACUUACCUCAGAUCAGUCGUACCCAUAGGAGCACUGUACUCUCUCUCCCUCUGGCUCUCCAACUCCGCUUACAUCUACCUCUCCGUCUCCUUCAUACAGAUGCUCAAAGCUCUGAUGCCGGUGGCCGUUUACUCCAUCGGCGUCUUCUUCAAGAAAGAAUCGUUCAAGUCUGAUACCAUGACGAACAUGCUAUCCAUCUCCUUCGGCGUCGCGAUCGCAGCUUAUGGAGAAGCGAGGUUCGAUGUGUUUGGUGUGUUUCUUCAGCUCGGAGCCGUUGCUUUCGAGGCGACGCGUUUGGUUUUGAUUCAGAUCUUGCUCACUUCCAAAGGCAUCAAUCUUAACCCGAUCACGUCUCUCUACUACGUCGCUCCUUGCUGCUUAGCGUUCUUGUUUAUCCCCUGGAUCUACGUGGAGUUCCCUGUUCUUAGAGACACGUCUAGCUUCCGGUUCGACUACGUCAUCUUCGGGACGAACUCGUUGUGUGCGUUCGCGUUGAACCUCGCUGUGUUUCUUCUCGUGGGGAAGACUUCUGCGUUGACUAUGAACGUUGCUGGUGUGGUUAAAGAUUGGCUGUUGAUUGCUUUCUCCUGGUCUGUGAUUAAGGAUACUGUGACUCUUGUUAAUCUUUUUGGGUAUGGGAUUGCGUUUUUGGGGGUUGCGUAUUAUAAUCACGCGAAGUUAAAGGGGUUGAAGGCGAAAGAGGCGCAGAAGAAGGUUCAGCAAGGUGAUGAAGAGGGUGGGAGGUUGUUGGAAGUGAGGGAAGGUGGUGAUGUUGAAGGUAAGAAGAAUGAGUCUGAGAACUAGUUUUUUGUUUUACUCAAAAAACGCAUAAUAAGAGGUGGAAGUGAAGUAAGAUUAUGAUUUUGUCCUGCUUCCUAUUGAUUUUGCUCAUAAGUAGUGUUGUCAGAAUCUCUUACUGUUUUCCUCUUUGCUUAAAAGCUUUUUAUUCUCCUUUUGUUUUGUUUUAUUCAAGUUAUUGCGAUUAUAAUGGUGUUACCAAA